AUGGAGAGUUCCGGGGCUCCCGCCGAAACCGCCGUCAGAUUGGAGUGCCCCGAGGUGAGCCUUCUCUUGGUCCUGCUGCCCUCAUCAGUGUUCGUUUUUCUUUUUUUCCUUCCUUUCUUCCUUUCUUGCCGCUGCUCCAGGCGUGGCCCUGGUGGAGGCUCUGCUCAGUAAUUUAUUGAUUUAUUUCUUGGGAAAGGGAAUUUUUGCAUCCACAGUCCUGUUUUAUAUUCUUUCCUCUGAAAGAAAGGAUUUGUGAAUGACCUUUAUUUCGAUGAUUAUUUUUUUGCAUAGUCCAUGUUAUGAUUGUGACAUAUGCUCAUGCAAUACUUCUUCUAGCCACAUCUGUAAGGCUAGUUCAUUCAAUCCCUGCGUCAUAACCUCUUUCUAAGUCGCCUUUAUAUUUUUUUACCACCUUUUUUUUGCUCUUAGGAGCUAUGCUCAUGCUAGUUACAGUGUAUACAUCGAGGAUGAUUCCAUAAGAUGAACAUCGACAUAUUAGCAUCCCCUGCCCAUUCUUGAAUCCGUUUGACCAAAGGGUCUUGACGACUUUGCAGGCAUUGAACCUGGAUGAGUGCAAUGGUGGGGAAAUUCAGCCAGCUGCAAGGUCUAGGCGGUCUCCAAACUUAACCACAUUACAGAUACCCGCAAGACCAUCAGGAAACCCAUUGCCCGCACCCACAAGAGUCAGCACUCUGUCUCUAGCCACUCCAACAUCCACACGAUCAGGAUUGCCUCCUCGACCCAAUUCCACUAGAACGAAGGGAUCUGUGAGAAACUUGAAUCUGCAAAGGAGCUUUCCAAUGAAAAGCUUGUCCCUCGAGAGUGAAAAGUCUGGCCUGCUCGCUUCUGGUGCAUCUCCACUUGAGGAACCUCAGGAUAGGCCUUCGACUUCACGGUCAAUUUCUCUCACUCAGGUGUUUUUGUCUGCAAAGACAAAAAGAACGCUUUCUCUGCCUGUCACACGAGUUGCAGGUGCAGAUAAUGUGCCUGAACAGGAUGGGCAUGCAAUCAAUCUCUCUAGAUCGGAUGUAAGUUUCCUGUGUCAUUUUUAUCUACUGAUGCAUACUUACAUGCUGGCCUUUAAUCAUUGCUUUUACGCUGAAGGAUGUGGUGCCUUUUACUUAAUGAAGCACACUUUAGAGGAGAAAGUCCCAAAUUUUGGAAUUGGGCUUUUUUGAUUCGUUCAUCUUCUUUUCUUCUUCUUUUUAACUGCGCUAGUUAAUAAUGCUAUUCAUGUGGGAUACACCACACAUGUGACUGAUUUCUAGAGAAAUCAGCAAAUGCUAAUAUAAAUGAAGGGUGGCCAACUUAAAUGCAUAUCCUAUAUGGGUAGUCACAGUAAGACUAUGAUUGCAGUUAGGGUCAAUAGUAGGAUGCGUUGCUUUCAAAACCAGUCUAAGAUCUUAAGAAGCAUGGAAAUGUCCUCGAACUAGAGUAAUUGUUUAUGAUGUGUUUAGGGUGGCCUAGAGUUGGAGAUGAGGUGGUGGGGCUGGUGGUGACAUAGGGACAAGCAUAACUAGCAAUAAAAGAUGUUUGAUGGAAAAUUAGAUGAGUGGUCUAGAAUAGGAUUGAUAAUGAUUACCUUGAUCUCGUAAACAGAGACUUAUAGCUGAUGAUUGUGGAGUAAACAGCUAAUCAACUAUGUUUCUCUUAGAGGUGUAGAGAUCCCACUUAGCCUAAAGGAAUGUAAAAAUCAAAUAAGGAUGAACUAACCCUCAACUUCAUGCAUUGGGACCCUAGUUUCUCCACGGAGAAGGACCUUCAAAACCUUUUGGGGAAAGAGUUAGGAGGAUAAUUUUCUUCAUGUAGACUCCUAAUUAUAGGAACAAUAUGAGGCCUUUGGCUCUUAUUUAUGGUCUUAAAAUCCCAAUAGCUUCCUAAUGUAGCCCAAGACACAAGUUGAAGUGUUAACUUCGAAUUUAGGCCGCCCACUUAUUUUGAAUUUGGGCCAUAAAGUGAAAAGUGUAAGAAAGGGAGCCCACAUAUGUCACUAGUGGGUUGGAGGUUCGAAUUUAGGCCCACUUUAUGUCCUUUCACUUCUAGAAGGUACUUUAUGUCUCAUUUCUUCUAAAAGAGACUUUAAUGUGGUUCAGUCUGUAUUUAAGAUCUGUUUAGGAUCUCUGAUUGUCAGAUUUUGUACCUAAGAUCUGCUUAGGGUCUUUCACCGUCAGAGUUUGCUUUAGGUCAUGUCAGAGUAUUUUUAGAAGAUUUGUCUAAGAUCUCAGUCUGUUAGAGUCUGUUUUAAGUCAUUUCAGAGUUAGUCAGGCUUUGUCCCUAGGAUAUGUCAGGAUCCUUUUUUUGGGGAGCGCCCAAUCUCCUUUCUAGACCUAUAUAAAGGUCUCCAUUGUAACCUGAGGUACUCACUUUUUUUAGUUGAAUCAGUUUUCUCUAUUGUAAGAACCUUUCCCUCUUGCUGGUGUAUUUAGGCACCCCCUUGUGGAUUCAAGAGUUAAAGACUCCAAAUCUGUGGAUUCAGAGGCAGGUUUCUUCCCCAAGAUUAGAGCUUUGUGGAUUCAAGCCCAUAUCUUGUUUAUCUUCCGUGUUACUACUGCAUCACUUCCAUAACUAAUGGGGUGGAAUUUCGGCUUUAAAGUCUUCGAAAAAGAAGUGAAAACAGUUGGAAUAUUCUAGGGUCUUUCAUAAACCUCAAUUACUUCUAGAAACGACUGAAAUAGUUAAAGGUAAACUUUGACUUAACAACCAAAGAAAAUCAGCAAAAGAAAUCCCAUUAUGUUAUUCACUAAAUCUAACUAUGUGCUUCCUUGAUUGGUGCAUGACUAACUCUGAUUUCCUCUUCAGUUAUCAUCAGAUAAUACAUUUAUAACUUGAGAUGUAGGAGAUGUCGUCUUACCCCAGAUUUGUAUUAGAUGAGUUGAUCCCGCCUUUAAUUUAAUUUGUUGCAGCUUCAGAUCAGAUAAUAAGUGCUUGUGGGGUGCAAAUAAUGACAAGAGUGAAGAUGAUCAUAACUCCGUACUCUUUCCAUUCAUUUUUUGAGACAGAUCGGUGAUGAAUCUAUUAUGAACCUCUUGAGAUUUGGGUGAAUCUAUGCUCUAAUCUUACCUUAGACGUGGCUCCACUUAGGAAAUCAACUCUUCUAUUGUAUAGACGAAUCAGACUGAACAAUUGAAAAUGAAAAUUGGAAAGACAAUAGAUGUUUGUAGAUAGUAGGGUGAGUUCCUGAGGUCGGAUAGAUCCUCAAGAGAGCCUGAAUCAGACCUCCUCAAGGACAGAUCUCCUACACCACUCUUUGUUUUCUUCCCACCCCUUUCUUAUUUCGGCCUCUUCUAUAUUUACAGGCCCUAGUACAUUAUUUUGUCGUGGUCCCCCCUCAACAUGGGGGUUUAGGUCGUCUUGUGUAGAUGACAGUUGGCUUCGUAACAUUACUUCUCCCCAUGAGUUUCACCUUGUCCACAAGGUGAGAUGUAGGGAAUUGCCAAAGCAAUGUUGAUAUUGUCAUCCAUGACGAUUCAAAUGCUAGAAGAUGUUUUCAUAAAACUAAUACCUCUGUGCCUUGAGGAGUUGACCUGUGAGCUUUUAUUCCAUCUGAAAUUAGUAUCCAUUCCUAAUCUUCUAAUAGUGUUGGGGGAACUAAUUGGCUUUUGCUGUUUGUUCUGAGUGUCUUCUUGAGUUGAAAUAUAUGGAACCGGAUGAACAACUGAAUGGUUCGACAAUUAGAGUUUAUAUGCCAUUGGCCCAAUUCUUUCCAUAAUAAGAUACGGACCAAAAUAGCGAGGGUUUAACUUUUUGUUUUCCUUUUUCGCUAGAGAUCUCAUCCGAUAUGGUUUGAUCUUGAGGAAUACCAAGUCACUCACCUCUAAUUCAACUUCUCUAUGAUGCUUAUUUGUAUUAAACUUCAUCCUCAGUUGUGCCUUGUGCAAGUUGAAUUUUAGAAUCUUGAGGAUAGCAUCUCAUUCCGAGAGUAGUUGAUCGAUAGCAUCAAGUGGUGAAGGGGAUGUCCCAUAUUUGAUAAGUUUUGGUGGGUCCUUGCCAUAUAUCACUCGAAAAGGAGUCAUUUUAAUAGAAGAAUGAUAGUAAGUAUUGUAACUAUAUUCUGCCCAAUGAAGCCAUAAUUUUCACUGCUUUGGUUUAUCAAGUACCGCACAUCUCAAGUAAUUUUCUAAGCAUCUGUUGACUACUUCAGUUUGUCCAUCUAUUUGAGGGUGGUAAGAAGAGCUGAAUUUGAGUUUAGUUCCCUGUACUGUGUAGUUCACGCCAAAAUGUACUUAAGAAUAUUCGUCCCCUGUCGGAGACAAUUGUCUUUGAAAACCCAUGAAGUCUUAUGAUUUCCUUGAUGAAUAAUUAUAUGAUCUCCAUGGAUGAUGUAGGGUAAUGAAAUGACUGUACUUGCUUAAUUUAUCUACCACUACUACUAAUAUGGCAUUCGACCCAUAUAAUUUGGGCAAGCCUUCGAUGAAAUCCAUUGAAAGGUCUUCCCAUAUUUGGGUAGCUAUAGGCAAUGGCUACAAAAGUCCUGCUGGUGAUAGUGAAGAAGAUUUACAUUGUAAGCAAGUAAGACAAUUGUUGAUAUAUGCCUUUAUAUCUCUUCAUUCCUUGCCAAUAGAACUGUUGUGAAAUUCUAUGAUAUGUCUUCUGAAACCUAAAAUGACCCCCCACCGGGCUGUCAUGAAAUAAUUGUAAACAUUUACUAAUUAAAGAGAAAUGUGUGGGAAGACCUUUCUUUAUAUAGUAAGGAUCCAUUCUUCAAAUAAUAUAAUUCGUUUGCUGUAUCUCCUUUAAACAAUGAGGUUUUAAUCUCUGUAAGCCUAGCGUCUUCAUCCACUACUAGUCGAAUAGCUUCAAGAUGAAUGGAGUGAUGUGCUGUUGCCUCAUUUAGUUCAGCUUGCAGUAAUAAUAGACAUUGGGAUAAUACAUCUGCGGCCUUAUUGUUCUUUCCUUAUAUUUAUUUUCAAAACUAUAGCCCAUCAAUUUCACCAACCAAUUAUAAUAUUCAACAUGGAUUUUCUUCUAUUCAAGUAAGAAUUUAAGACUAUUGAGAAGGUAGUCUUGUCAUUAGUCUCUCGGUGGGGCAGUGAUAUGAUCUGCUUUAGAAGCCCUUAACAUUUAAAUAUUUAAUUUCAUGAUUUUGCUAUCAGCAUUUGGCAUGGCUUACUCUGUUAUCUUUUCACUCUCUCGAAAGUUCCAUAUUCCUCUGUCAUUUCUCCCAUAAAUGAAUUUUUCUCAUUGAUGUGUAUGCUUUUAGAAGUUCCAUAUUUCCCUCUCUUUGUUGUGGAAAUUGGUUCUAAUCAAUGGAGUUACUCUUCAAGCGCCAUACUUUUCCUUAUCGUUAUUAGUGAAAUGGGUUCUUCUGAUUUAAUGAAGUUUCUUGCCUUAUUGGUGUCUAUUUGCUACAUACAUGCUCUUUGCAGAAAGUCGAAUUGAAGAGUCACAUUAGACGGUCAAUGUCAGAGCCCAGAAAUGGUAAUCAAAUCAGACGUUCAAUGUCGGUCCCUGGGAAUAUGAAAGGUGGAACCUUGCACCGCAUGUAUUCCCUGGGAGGGUGGAUCCGUGUGAUUCCAGCUACUCCAUGCCCUAUUGGUGUGCAUGCCUCCUCUACGAAUGACAUCAUAUUGUCAGAGGCUGGUACUUAUUCUCCCACCAUAUUCCCCUUAAUAUAAAGCUCUUGUAUGAUCAUGUACAUUCCUCUUUAUAUGAAAUCUUGAAAGCAUAUUAUUCCUUCCGAGAAGAUUCAAGCUUCAGUCAGCCAAUGAUUCUUGUUACAUUUUCUUCUUUUUCCAGGAACUCAAGAUGAUGGCGAAGACAUCCCCGAGGAAGAUGCAGUAUGUAGGAUAUGCUUUGUUGAACUAGCAGAGGGAGGGGAAACUCUCAAGAUGGAGUGCAGCUGCAAGGGUGAGCUAGCCCUCGCUCACAAGGAGUGCGCUGUGAAAUGGUUCAGCAUUAAGGGCAACAAGACAUGUGACAUCUGCAAGCAGGAUGUUCAGAACCUACCCGUAACAUUAACAAGAAUACAGACCACCUCUGGUCGUAGGCAACCAUCAACUGGUGUCCGUCAAAGACAGGCAGGCCGACACAGGUAUGAGAAGAAGAAUCAAUGGGUUGUUCCACAUUCCUUCCUAAUUGAGAUUUGAUAUUCUUCGAAAAUAUUGAUAGCAUGGAGUUUCUUCCACGAAAAACAAUUAGCAUAUAGACAUCAAAAGCUUUUUCUAAAAAGAAGGAGUUGGACAUGGAGGUCCACAAUGCCCUUUUUCUCUUUGCUUUUUGAGAGUUUGUGUCAAAUUUUUGGUUAUUAUCAUCCUCCGCUGUUGUGUAAAAUGCAUAAACCAUUGUAGUUAUGAAGUUCUUUGAAUUUUAGUUAAUAGAAAGCUUUAUAAACUCUUGAGUGAAUAUUUACUAGAAAUUCUAUGUUAGCUUUUAGAAAUUGUGCUGGACUUUGAUCAUCUCUGAACACCUCCCUUCCUUCUUGUCUAUGCUAGCAGUGAACACGAGAGAGAGAGAGAGACACGAAAAGAAGAAGGCCAAAGCCCUAAAUUUCAUCACACUCUAAUGCUUACAUGUUGGUUGCUAUUUAUACUGACUAGCUGUUAUGAAAUGAGAGGGUAAACCGGACUGGUUCAAUUUGAACCAGUUCAGUCUAUUGUUUUGUUUGAAGGUAUGAUGGACAGGAAAAUAAAGGACAAAAUAAUAAAUGAAAAAAUUAUUUCUAACACUCCCCCUCAAGCUGGUGAAUGUAUAUUGUCCAUUCCCAGUUUGAACACAAGAUGAUAACAUAUGUUACCGUGUAGUCCUUUUGUGAAUAUAUCUACAAUUUGAUCAGUUGUAGGCAUAUAUAGAGUACAUAUCUGUCCACUAUCUAUCUUCUUCUUUAUGAAGUGGCGACCAAUCUCUAUGUGUUUAGUUCUGUCAUGCUGAAUAGAGUUGUGAGCAAUAUUGAUCGCCGAUUUAUUAUCACAAUAAAGCUUCAUUGGACCAUGUAUAUUGAUCUUCAAAUCCUUCAAUAUAAUAUUGACCCAUAGAAUCUCUUACCCCUUUUCAAAUCCUUCAAUAUGUAUAUUAUUAUAAUAAAGCUUCAUAAUGUUUUUUUAGUACAUUCUCUUACCCCUUUUCGAAGGGUAAUAGGUAGGGCUUCAUCAAUAGGUAAGGUGCUGGUCUGGGAUGUCUCAUUUGACUCAUCCUAGGAGGAUUCUUGAACAUGCACAAAUUCUGGAGUAUUCUCUUUUUUUUCUGGAAUAUACUUGGCCAAAUCUUCCUCUUUCAAGGUAUACAUUAGGAGUAGAUUCAAGAAUAGGUGGUUCGAUGGGAGCCAUAGUGAGGUCUGGUAAUGAAUUGGCAAUAAGUAAAAAAUUUAAUUAUGGAUCCUCUAACAUUUGAAUCUUAUCAUGAUGAUCUGAUGUGUUAUAGUAUGCUCCUCAUUGAAGGUAACAUCCCUUGAAAUAAAAAAUUUCUUUGUUGGAGGAUAAUAGCAACGAUAUCCUUUUUGUGUUUGGGAAUAUCCUACAAGAAUACAUUUUAGAGUUCUAGGAUCUAAUUUGUCCCUAUGUUGUUCAUGAAUAUGAACAAAUGCUGUACAACCAAAUAUUCUAGGUAUGAGGUUCGUUUUCAAUGGAAUAUGAGGAUAAAAGAAGAAAACAUGUCAACUGAGCUUUUAAAAUUCAAAGAUUUAGUUGGUAGACGAUUUAUAAGGUGGGCAGUCAUAAGAAUUCCCUCACCUUAAAAAUAUUUUGGUACGUUGUUUUGAAUAAUGAGAGCUCUGGUCAUCCCUAACAGAUGACCAUUUUUCCGUUCAGCCAUUCUAUUUUGUUAGGGUGUAUAGACAUAUGAUGAUUUGUGUACUAUACCUUCUUUUUGAAAGUAAGAAGUUAAAGUAUGAUUGAAGUAAUCUUUAGCAUUAUCAGAUCUAAACCUCUGAAUUGUUGUCUCAAAUUGUGUUUUUAUUAAAGAAUAAAAUUAUAUGAGUGCCAUACUUAUAUCAGAUUUAUUUUUAAGCAAAUAAAUCCACAUCAUCCUUGCACAGUCAUCAAUAAAGGUGAUAAACCACCUAGCUCCACUUGUGUUAGGUGUUGGUGAAGGCCCCCAUAUAUUGCUAUGAACAUGAAAAAAAGGUAUUGAACAAUUCAUAUUAUUUUUAGGAAAUGGUAUUUUUCAAUGUUUGGCAAAUUCACAUACUUCACACUUGAAUUCAGAGGUGUUCAAGUUGUGAAACAAAGAAGGAAACAAACUCUUCAGAAUCAAAAAAGAGGGAUGUCCUAAUCUUUGGUGUUGAAGCCAAUUUUUUUCACUGUUUGACAGGUCAGGGUUCUUGGGAAUAUUGUUUUGAUCUACUGCAAUGUUUGAUUGGCUUGCUAAUAGAGUCCACUUCAUUCUCUAGCACGUCCAAUCGUCCUCCUAGACAUUUUGUCAAAAAACAGACAAGUAUUAGGAUCAAACACAUUACCUAGGUCAUGUGUGAGUUUGUUAAUGGAAAUUUGGUUGGUGGUUAACAUAGGAAUAUGAAGUACAUUUUUCAAGGUAAUAUAAGGUGAUAGGCAAAUGUUUCCUAUCCCAGCAACCGUGACUGAGGAGCUAACAAUUAUGGUAAUUUUUCUAUUGCUUGGACAAGGAUCAUAUGAGUUAAAUAGAUGGGAGACAUAGGUCAUGUGUUAUGUGGCUCCUAAAUCAAUGAUCUAGGGUGAAGAUUUACUAUUUGUUGAGGCACUGAAUUCAAGAAAAGUUGAAGACUUACUUGAAUAGUUAAAUGAAUAUGAAGCUUGUAAUACUUGAGCUUGUGGAACUUCUUCUAUGGCAGCUGAGGUAUUUACUUUCCCUUGUUGGACAACAAAUAUAUGUGCUUGAUUUUCACUCUUUUGUUAUCCCUUCUUUUGUGCCCAUUCAUGACUUUGAGGCCUUCUGUGUAAUUUAUAACACCUGUCAAUUGUGUGCCUUGCUUUCUUGCAAUAUGUACACCAUAACUUGUCUCUAAAAUCAUUGCUAGAAGUCCUCUCUUGCCUUGAAGUCCUCUCUUGUCUUGAAGAUUCACCCUUUGUUUUGGUACUGUUAUUGUCAUAAUUUUUUCCAUUUCUAGCCAUAAAUGCUGAAUUUUCCACGUUCUGAGAACCAAGCAUUAGGUUCCGACGACUUUCUUCUCCUCUCACUAGGGAGAUUACUUCAUUUAGAGGAGGUAAUUUCUCUCUUCCUAAGAUCUGAAUUCUGACUUGAACAUAUUCAGAGUUCAGUCCCACAAGAUAUUCGUAGGUUCUAUUUCUUUCUAUUUUCUCUCUAUACAAUGCUGUAUCAAAUGGAUCUCUCAUAUCAGUAAUUUUUUAUUGAUCAAAUUCUUGCCAUAAUGUUCUUGCUUCAUGAGUGUAUUCUGUCACUGAUUUUUCCCCUUACCUCACAGUCAUCAUCUUUAACUUUAAUCCAUAAAGUUGUGCAGCAUCUCUUGCUCUUGAAUAAGUCUGAUAGAAAUUUUCCCAACUUGCUCUAGCUGUGGGAAGAUACAAACAUGUUCUACGGAUCUCAGGAAUCAUGGCGGUCGACAUCCAAGCCAUGAUUCUUGAGUCUUUUUGAUCCCAUGCUUUAAAUCUCGGAUCUCCAGCCUUCAAGCUUGGAUGAGCUAAAUUAUUUGCCAUUCCCCGUCCUUUGAGAACAACUCAAACUUGCUGAGACCAUCCAAAGUAAUUCCUGCCAUGUAGAUGAUCUGUUUGUGGUAUAAUUGACAAAUCUCCCUAGAUCGGACUAGGCCCCACCCUCAUAGAUCGGGAUUGUUCUUGUUCUGCCAUAGAAGUCGCUUCAGACAUUCUUGAGAAUUCAAGAAUUAGGUAUGUUUGUUUUAGAAAUGAGUUAGUCUACAAAUCAAGACAUGGACCUACAGUUCGUGUUCUGUAGAUCAAUAGUGCUAGAUUCUCACCUAAAUAUUGCAGAAUCAGCGAACAGCUAGUUACUUGUUUUAACAAGUCACAAAGAAAUGUGUUCUCUCUUGAAAAUGAAAAAAACGGUUGUUCAAGAAGAACUCAGAAGAUCAAAGGAGUCUGAAAUGAUCACACCUGUGCUCUAAUAUCAUGUUAGAAAUCGUGCUGGACUUUGAUCAUCUCUGAACACUUCCCUUCCUUCUUGUCUGUGCUAGCAGUGAACACGAGAGAGAGAGACACGAAAAGAAGAAGGCUGAAGCCCUAAAUUUCAUCACACUCUAAUGCUUACAUGCUGGUUGGUAUUUAUACCAACCAGCUGUUAUGAAAUGAGAGAGGGUAAACCGGACCGAUUCAAUUUGAACCGGUUCAGUCUAUUGUUUUGUUACAAGGUACGAUGGACAGUAAAAUAAAGGACAAAACAGUAAAUGAAAAAAUUAUUUCUAACAUUAGCAAAGGCACUGGGCUACCAGAAGUCAAUAGUUGAUAUCAGAUAUCAUGGGUAUCAUAACUGAAGAUUGAAUGUUAUUUCAUAGAAAGUUUUUUACCAUCUUCUCUGUCUUAAAAGGUGACUGUAACCUCUAUCCACAGGAGGGAAAUGCAUUUUCUGCAAUCAAGCUCUUUUCAGUUGGCUUCGUAAUUAUCAAAUUUUAUGUUCCCCAAAACUGAUGAACAAAAUAGUCUUUACAAGUGGAUGGUGAGGAAGCCACAUUGUGGCCCUUAAUUUUCGGAGAUUAAUAUUACCAUGGAUGUCAGAAAUGGGAUUUUAUAUCUUGUAAUGGCGUAGUUUGUUUCUCAUUUAAAGGCAGAUGCAGAUCUGUUUCUAGGGUCAGAUACCGAAAUUUGUCCUCUGGAAACCGUAUUCUGGCUCCAGGAUUAACAAGAACAGGUGUUACCACAAGAAGAACAGUCAUAAAUGAAAUCACUCGUGUACAUGAAAAGUGGGCUGUUGGGUUAUGUGGCUCUUCCCUCUCCACCCCUGAAAGGGACCAAAGUUUCUGUAAUACUCGAAUUACUCGAGUAAGAACCUGUUUUGUUGAUACACUUUUAGGAAUUAUGUCGACGAUGUGAUCAGAAAUUCUCACAUUUCAUGGUUUUUUGAGGUUAAUGGUACAUCUAUCAUACUCUUUCAAUGACUUGGUUCCAUGUGUAUGCUGGUGGUCAAGCUAACUUUUUCUGUUUUCUCAUUCCUCAUCCUUGGCAGGGUCUUGCAGGAUAUACCAGUUCUUGUCAUUGUCAGCAUGCUGGCAUACUUCUGCUUUCUGGAGCAACUUUUGGUAAAGAAUCUAUUGCAUGUCAUGCUAUAUAUAUUUAAUUAUUUCGUUUAGUUAUACUUCUGUAAACAAAUUUAGAAUUCCAAUGGAAACAGGUUACAAGUAUGGGUUCCCGUGCCCUUGCUCUGUCUUUGCCCUUCUCCUUUGCUUUGGGUCUCCUCUCGUCCAUGAUAGCUUCAACAAUGGGUAAGAUACUGUAAAUUUUACCUUGUUCCAAGUGAUAAUCCUUCAACAGGAAAUGUAAAUGGAAAGUUGAGGAACGUGCUUCUUGUAAACUUUUAUUCAUGUGCAUAGAUUUAUGCCUUGUCUCGCUGAUGGUAGUUUGUGUGUCAUAAGAUAUUUCUGGCCUUGGUAAGAAGGCUACACCACCGCCCCUGUUUGAUUCCACCUUGGCAUCUCAUCAAAUAAAUUAUAUAUUUUAGUUAUCGGAUAACGAUGAUGUCAAUGCUAUAAACGUGACAAGAAAACACCUCUGUCUCUCUGGCUGUUUAUUCGGAUGGCAUCUUGUUUCAAACUAAUCUGCAACACGUAAAAUAUAGAUGUAAGCCAAAAACAUUCUCAAGUCACCUAUCAUCCAAUUAAGUAGACAGUCAAAAGGAUCGCACAUAAAUAACCGUAUAAUUCUAAAGUAAACGAGAAUCGACAUUUUUUCUUGAAGAAAAGUAAUUGAUUUUUAGAGAUUUUUUGACUGGAGGUAAUCUCCAAUGGGGUUUUCGAUUCUUGUUUGAUUAGUUUUUCUUGUUAAUAAUGGUUUCUCUUUACAUUUUGUCUUAAUUUACAUCUACGUUUGAUUCCAGUGAGCAUAAGCUACAUCUGGGCUUUCGCUUCAUUUCAGUUUGCGGCCAUUAUCCUUUUUGCCCACAUCUUCUACGACGUGGUAAGGAGUCAGCAUUCAUCCCCGAAUCAAAGAUAUGGUAGGAGUUCUGUCCUUCAAAUUCAAGAUCAAUCUGACCUGUGUGCUUUCUUCAUUAUGCCUGCAGCUUGAAGUGGCCGCUGUUCUCUCUGUGCUCCUCUCCUCUUUCACUGGCUUUGGCAUUUCCAUCUGUGUCUCUUCUCUACUCAUGGAGUUCCUGAGAUGGAGGACCAGAAGGAGACUACGGGCCGCUGCUACCCUCUCCCAGAAUGGCGGGCACAGACACCAAGCCCCACCCAGGGAGGACCUAGUGACCGAAGCUGCAGGCAGUGGCCAUGGUCAGCAAGAAAGCGGAAGUCAGACUCAGCUGUCUUCUUCGCAGCCAGGAUAA